AUGCUAUGAAUAUUAUAAUUCGCACUUUGCAACAAUAUUCGAACGUGCGCGUGCGAAAUUAAGUAAACCAAUAAACAAUUGUGCGAAUGUGCGUGUUUUAACAAGUCUGAACAGGAACGUGAAAUAAUGAAAAUCGACAUCAGCUGAGCGAACGUCAAAGUAGAGAAAAUUUUGUUUGUUAUUAUUAUUAUUAUUAUGAUCGAAAACCUAGGAAAAUCACGUAUUUAAGCAGUAUUGAACAAUAAUAAACAAAACCACAAUUAAAUAAUUUCUGAUUGGAAUAUACAAAAAAAUAGGUAAAAAUGAUGUUAUUUGUGUUUCACGUUGAUCGAGGAACUAUGAUGACCUUUAACAUGCAAGCUGCCUUAUAUUCUGUUGGUGAACUUAAAGAAAAAAUCCAUCAACUUUGUAAGAUACCACCAGAAAAACAGGUUCUCCUCGUUAGCGGAGGCAGAGGCCUCUACUCCGAGAACAAAGUGUGUUCAUAUUCGGGAGGAACGGAUUCCAAUCCCAUCUUUUUAUUUUAUAAGUAUGGGAUUAAUGAUGAACUUCAAUUAAGUGAAGAUACAAUGUACAAUUCAGAAUCAGAAAUUUUAUCAAAAGUACAUGAUGCUGUCAGAGAUCCAGAAAUGACACACGCAGUUGUUGCUCGAAGGGCCACAUUGGCCGAACAAUUAUAUGAUAUAGCCGAAGAGUACCUGACUCAAUGUAAAAAAUUGGUACACGAUCAACAUCUUCAACAACAAGGUUGGAUGGCGGUCGUUGCUAAUUUGGAGGAUACCACGAUGGAAUUUAAACAACGCGCCGAAUCUUACGAGGAGACUUUUAAUCAUUAUUAUAGCAGUUAUGGAGAAUAUAUUCAUUUAGUUCAAGGUUUUAAUGAAGAUCUCAAAUUACUUAGCAAAAUUCCGUUAUUACCAGCACUUUUAACUGAAAAAGAUGUAGCCGAUCGAGAUGAUGAAGAUAUUAGCAAUGAUGAGGAAGAAAUUCAAGCUGAUGCGAUGAAACCUACAUCGCUUUUAGAGUACAUAACAAGUUCUGAAAGUAAUCAACAAAUGGAACAAUUGUUUGAUAUGUGCACAACGGGUUUGCAACAGUUUGACGAAAAGGUUCAUAAUCGAAUGAGAGUCGAUAUAGCAGAAGUUUUAAGUUUAGCUGAUGAUCCCGAAAUGAAGGAAGUAAAAGGAUUAGGUGAAAGAUUAUAUGGUUUAGAUAAAUUAAUAAGAGAUGGGGAGAGUUGUGUUUUAGAGCAAAAACAACAAACUAAAUCUUUCACUUCGAAUAAUUUAACAAUAGCUAAAACUGGUGAAAAAUCAAUUAUCCCCGAUUUAUGUUCAUCACAUACGUUACAACUUCAAGCAAUGGGUACAACCCAUCAAAAAUUAUGUGAUAUUACGCGAAGGGUGAUUAAAGCAAAAGAAGAAUUAAUUAAAAAUUUAUUUAUGAGACUCAAAUGGGUGAUGUACGUUGAAAAUAAAAUCUUAGAAACGAGUCAAAAAUUAUUUGUUUGCCACGAAAAUUUAAAACGUUUAUGUCGGCAAUUAGAUAUGUUACAUCAAAUACAUAACGCCCCAACUUUAUACUUAAACGGAAUUUCAGAAGUUGUACGUAGAAAAGCGUUCUCUAAAGCAUUUUUAUUGUGGGCUUCUGAUUUGGCGUGCCGAAUGAUGACCAUUCAUAACGACGAAAAAGCGCGAAGAAAAGAUUUUGCUGCUGCAGCUGAAGGGCAUUUUUUGGCAACUUUAUUCCCAGAUUCUAAUGAUACUAUUCCUGCUUUCGCGGUAGAACCACCUUCUGUAUUUGAUUCUAAUUUACCAGCUGUAUCUGAAGAAGAUGUGCAAGCUUUCAAAGAUAGUCUUCCUGAAGCUUUAAGAAACGAAUUUAAACUGUAUGAUUUAUCAACAGUCAUGGAAUUUUUUAUUAUUAAAGAAGGUAAAAAUGAUUUCGUUCAAACCGGAAGUCAAACUAUGGAUGUUGUUGAACAAACCGAUUUUACCGGGAAUGUUGAAGGUGUUCCGAAAAAUCUUGAUGUCGCUGUAAUACCGUUAUUAAAAGACUUAGAUAGAGGCUGUGAAUCUGAAACGGAUACCGAAGAGUUUGAAAAAGUUUGUCAAAGCCCUUUGGAAUUACAAUUUGAUCGCGAAGUUCAAUCUGUCCCAAGAACCCAGGAUAUUGGAACAUUAACCGAGGAUAAUCUUCAAUCAUCAAGAAUAGAAUAUGAUAGAGUAAAAGGUUCAUUAACACAACUUUCUUCGUUUACCCAACAAGCUUUAGUAAAUUUAAGACGUGAAUUGAGCGAUUUAAAAGAAUAUUUUAUAACGGAACAAGAAGUUCUAGCGAAACAUUGCGGCGAUUUAACCGAAUCUUGGGAACAAGUUUCUUCGGGGAACGAAGUUAAAGAUAAACAAAUGGCAAUAUUAAUAUCAGAAAAUGAUGAGUUAUUAAAAAAUUUUAAAAGAGAACUAGACUCGAAGAACGAAGAAUUAAAACAAUUACGGAUAGAAAACGAGGUGCUCGAUCGUAAAAAUAAAGAUUUUUUUAUGGAUAAUUGUUACUUAAAAUCGGAGGUCGAUAAUCUUAAAACUCAAAGUAGCGUAAAAAUUGAAAAUUUAACACGUACUUUAGCCGAUAAAGACGUUGAAAAAGAACGAUCUUUACAAUUAUUAAGGGAGGAGAAUAAAGCGGAAAUUGAGACUUUAAGAUCUCGUUUUAAAUUGAUGACUGAAUCAACUUCAAGUGAUACGAAUUUGGAACGAGUUUGGAAUGCCGAAAUGGAAUCGAGGAUGGAACAACAAAUUCGUUUGGCCGUUUUAAAUGAACGAGGAAAAUGGGAAAAGAUUAUCGCAAAUCUUAACGCAACCAAUGAAAAUUUAAUUCGCGAAAAUCAAACGUUAUUAAACGAUCAAGAAGAAAAGGAUAAUCUUAUAAAACAUUUAAAAGAGGAAAUCGAACAAUUUCAUAGAAAUCAAAAAGAAACGGAAGUUAUGGAGUUUAAAGAUGAUUUAAGUGCUUCUGUAAUGACCGGAAUUUCUGAAGCUAGUAAAUCUGAACCGAUGGAUGUUUCUAAAGUAAAAGACACUUUAACGAUGAGUCAAAAAUCAUUGAUAGCAACCAAAAAAUUAAAUGUAACCAAGUGCAAUAUUGGUGAUUUAGUUUUAGUUUUAUGGGAUUCAAAACAUGAUAAUUAUAAAAUAUUGCAAGAAAGUAGCACUAUGUAUUUUCUUCAUUCAGAUAGUUUAGUUCCUUUAGGUUUAAAACGAGGAGAAAAGGGUAAAUUAUAUACGUGGGGGCAAGUUACACAUAAAGAUUAUUGUCAUGCAAGAAAAGCCCAAAAUAGAUAUAAUGUCCAAGUAGGUACGAAAUUUUAUCGUGUUAAAGUAAAUCCAGUUAUUAUAAUGGAAACUAUAGAAAAAAUGGAAGAAUUAAGAGAAUCACCGAUUUUAGACACUAACACUUUAUUAACAGUACCGGAAAGGAAUCUUAAUCCGGAUGGAGCAACGACGUCUUCAACGAGAUCAUCAAGUACGAUGACUUGUUCGUUUUCAAUACAUUCACCGGAGCCGUUACAAAUGGAUACAUCAACUAGUAGCAGUAGCAACCGCACGCACACAUUUACUUAUUGUCUGUCCGAUCCGUGGCUUGGUGGAAGCGCUUGGUAGAAAAUUCGUGAUGUGUUUGGUUAAGAUGUCCAAUAGAAGGUAGAUAGGUUCUAAUUUAAUUAGCUGUUCUCAUUUUAUUCUUUCAAAUUAUAUUUUAAUAAAUAAAAAAAUUAAUAAAUUGAACAAAAAAAUACAUAACUUUGUAGAUUUAUAAGAAAAUAUUAAAAAAAAAUUAAUGUGGGAAACGAAUCAGUCAAAUAUAUCGUUCGGACGUUGAUGUAGUUUCAUUUCCUUUGUGAUUUUACCUAGAAAAUAAUUUAGUGAAAUUACUUUUGAAGUCGAAAA